AUGACGCUGCUUUCUGUGUUUGUCUCUGUAUCCUCAGAGUCCAGAGGACAGUACACAGUGACUCAGCCUGCAGCUGUGACCUCUGCUCCUGGAGGAAACGCACAAAUCAGCUGUAGUGUCAGUCAGAAUGUGUAUGACAAUAUCCGUUUAGCCUGGUACCAACAGAAGGAUGGAGAAACUCCUAAACUGCUCAUUUAUAAUGCUGGCACUCGACAAUCAGGGAUAUCAAGUCGUUUUUCAGGCAGUGGAUCUGGAUCUAGUUUCACUCUGACCAUCAGUGGAGUCCAGACUGAAGAUGCAGCAGUUUACUACUGUCAGAGUUUUCACUACCCCAACAGUCAGUAUGUGUUCACACAGUGA